AUGGACUCUGAGGACUCCGACUUUUAUGGCGAUGACGAAACUGUCUCACACCUCUUACAGCGCGUCGACGACUUUGACGUGGACGAAUGGGUGCAGCAGCAGCGCGUGCAUCCGGGCCGUCCGCAGCGCCAGACAGACUUCCACGACGAGGCCUCUCGACUGCACAAUCCGUAUGCCGGGAUCCCCUACGCAUGGCAGCUGACGGAGACGCUGGACGGCUUCCUCUCGCGGCUGCCGCCGGCAACGACUGACCAGACGCCAGAGGUGCCGUGGAUCUUCGUCUGCAACCCUUAUAUCCCGCGCGUCCACAAGCGGGAGAGCCAGGGCCAGUUGUCCAAGGGCAACGAAGACGAGGCGCCGGAGGAGGAGGGCAGCGAGACGGCGUUGGUCGCUGAAGGCGGCCUCGAGAGGCUUCACCUGCUCAGCAAGUUUAUUGAAGGGAUGCAGAGGUCUGGACAGGCCUCGUCCGUUGUCGAGAGAGAAAUCACAAGAGCGCGGAAGCAGGCCACGAGCGACAUUCUCAAGCUGGCCCAUAUGGCCAAGGUCCGAACUGGCAAAUGGAUGCUGUUCUGCCCGGCCACGGAAGUGAACGAGGUGUGGGAGAUUGUCGCAAAAGCAACCGCACACAACGAGCUCGGCAUCGCCGCCAAGGUCGCGCCGCGGUCGCCACUGGAGGAUCCUCGCAAGGAUCGCCUUCUCUGCGUCUACACGGCCGAUUUUACGGACCGGGCCGACGUUGGGCGUGUGCUGCAGAAGCUGCGCGAGCUCAAGCUGGUCGAGGCCAGAGGCCGGCCGAUUUACUACAAGCCAGAUGCAUUCACAUACAUUGGCAUCUCGCAUGGCAAUGCGUGGGGGCUGAGAGCGUCUAUAUACAGCUCGACCGACAAAUUUCCCAGUCGAGCUUGA